UGCACAGUGACCCUGAAGUCAGGUUGUAGCCGUUUUUUUGACCUUGUCUAACACCGUAUAGUAUUUGGGUGUUUAUUACGAAAAUAAUGUUGAUGGUUUUAAACGCACACAAAAAUACUAUACUCGAGAGUCACAAUCAAGACACUUUUUUCAAAUAUUUACUAAGGACACUCAGUAAUUCGCCGGUCAUCCGAUCUGCAGACCGCAAGAAGUACGUUUAUUUACCUGUCGCAAUCUCUCCACCUUCAAUGCUAAUUAGAUACUGAACCACAGAAAUCUGUCUUGUCAAUUGUAUUUAUACGAAGGAAAAGUAAGUUUGGUUCCAACUUUGAAAUUCCAGACGUAUUUACGCAGUAGCACUACUCUCGUCCUUUUUUACUGUUUCGUUUUAGAACGUUUUAAAACCUAAUUCUCUAUCAAAAAUGACUUAUCAUGAAAUGUACAGAAGCACUACGCUGGGGACUACCCUUCGUGAAGCCCUAGAUGAAAUGCUAGCACAUAACCUACUACAGCCUGGAAUGGACCACAAGGUUAUGCAGAAGUUCGACCAAUGUAUAAGUAAUGCUUUGGCAAAACGUGUUAAAAACCGUCUUUCGCUUCGUGGUCACCUGAACACUUACAGGAACUGUGACAAUGUAUGGACGUUAGUGAUGAAUGAUGUGGAAAUAAAAGAUUCCUCUGCUAUUAUGACAGUUGAUAAGAUAAAAAUAGUUGCUUGUGAAGGCAAGAAUGCAAAACCAACUUCCUCAAAAAUAUCCGUAUCCUCAGUCAGUGAUCGUUCAAGGUUAGGUGCUGGUAUAGGCGGCGAGGAUAACGAACAACGCGAAGCUUUUGAUUCUGGAGAUGAGAUGGAAUAACGAGUGACGGCUACUAGAGUGUAAUUUAUUAGGUGUGAUAUGAGAAAUAACCUGUACAAAUCAUUCUAAGAAUACAUUUUUUUAUCUAUGAAA